AUGAGAGAGUUAUACGGAGAUGGCAUAUAUCCGAUCCUCCUCUGCCCCCCUUACCUCUUCAUAGAUGUCAUCAAGAUCAACAACCUCCGCUUCCAAACGACUUCUGCCCCAAUAACUGAAACCACACGAGCGACAGCGGAUGAGAUACUCGAGCAUAUCGAGGCGUUCUCACCCGAUGACUGGACCGGCACUAAUCCCGACGCGCGAGAGGACUGGUUGCUACUGGGACGCAUGUACAAGUCCUCCAUAGCAUUGUACUGCAUCUCGUCUCUCCAAAGCCUAUCCAUCCUGCCCUCCAGCAAGUACUAUACUGCUAUGAGAACUGUACAUGGGAAUCAUCUAUAUAGUCUUCUUCCAAAGAUUACCCGCCGCACCCGCAUCAGACAUUUCACAAUAUGGCCACUUGUGGUAGCGGGAAUGCAAGCGGUUGAUGCAAGUCCCAAUGUUCGUCGUAUCGUUGACGAGCAAUUAUCAGAACUGAGCAAGAUAAUGGGUUGCCCGACGCCUACAUUAGCGAAAGCUAUAUUCCGCAGAUUUUGGACUUCAGGCCACACAGGAUGGGACGAGUGCUUUGACAAAGCAUACGUGUUUGUGACAUAG